AGGAAGACUAGAUGGGGACAGCAGAAGAUUACAGGUAAAAGUAUCACAAUGAAGUGUAACUGUAUGAAGAUACUGGCAGCCAUCUUAAGUCGUCUAUUAUACGCUCUCCAUGGAGGAAUUAUGAUAUUUUUAACGGUUUUUAUCACGAAUGAUUUCUUCUACUGUACUCUUUUCAUUGGAAUCGUGCUCUUGUUCAUUGAGAUGAUUGUAACACUGAAGAUGACAAAAUAUGGAGAAUGGAAAUGGUUUUCGCCAAUGGUGUUUCUAUAUUUAUGUUCUGUUAUUCCUUCCAUAUUUGUCAUGGAACUCGAAAACCUAGAGGUUAGAAUGAACAUUACCAACGUAACACAUCCUGAAUGCACCGAUAAUAACUACACGGAAUACUCCAAAGAGGUGCAAAGUAUGGAAGAGUUGACAAUUUUGGUCCUGAUUGUAGGACGUUGGCUAAUGCCAAGAGGUAAAAUGACCCGUGACCAGCUCGCUCAGCUACUUCUGAUAUACCUUGCUUUAGGUGCUGAUAUGCUGGAUAUUUUAGAACUAAUGAAGGAGCCAUCAGUAAAAACCAGCACAGCUAUAACUGUGGUGGGACUGUGUCUAUUCACCUGGGCAGUUAUGCAAUUCACAUUAGUGCUCACUCAAACGUUUCCAGUUUCGUCUCCAGAUAAAGAAGACGAGGUGCGGUUUCAUUCGUCAUCUGAAAUAAAGAAUUGCAUGCGUUCUUUAUGUUGUACCAGUGAGGUUUGGAAUGUGAUUAUCAUGGUGGGGAUGCAAGAUGGACCAUUUCUGAUUUACCGGUUAUACUUGGUAACUAUGGAAGGAGUGUUUAAUGACUCCAUGACUUUCUUUAUAUGCAAGAACAUUUUGUCAGUUAUAAUACAAAUAUACAGGAUUAUUGUGUUUCUUUGCGAUGAAAAUCACAAAAGGAAAAAAUUUAAACAAUCUCAUAUGAAUUUAGAAUAAGACUUCAUUCACAUCUGCAUUGUAGGUUUCAUUAGGGGUCGGUCGAGAAGUUAAUCAACAGUGCUGGACUAAAUAUCACAUUGUGUCCAGUAAAAUGACAGACAUCCUGAAGAAAACCCUAUGGCCCCCCAUUGGGAAUCAUUCAUGUCUGUUAAUGAGGGAUCUGUUUUCGGGUAUGAUGGAACUGAAGAAUGGAAUGUCCAAAUGAGAUGUGAACAAAGUCUAUUAUAUAGUAAAGUAUAUAGCGAUAAUAAAAAUGUAUUUAUUAAUAUAGUAAAAAAUAGUUUUUUUUAAGUCUACCUGUAACCAUCUGUAAAGCUGAAAAAUAUUCUGGUUGGAUAACUAUUGUAAUAAUAAAUAAUACUUAUUGUUUCCCUUAUUUGUAAGUGGGCUGGUAUACAAAAUUGUUUGCUUAACCUGAUAAUGGAUUUAUGAUGUAUUUUUUAGCCUCCAUUGAUGAUGGCAUUUACUGUAAAUCAUAUGAUCCCUUGAUGAAACUCGCUGGAUCCCACAACAACUGCUGUAUAGACAGAAAGUUAGUUUCUCUAUUCACUUCUGUAAGAUAAAUACAUAGGUAAAUCCCUCCCAUUCACC